AUGGGGUCCGGACUCUACGUUGAGGACUCCAAGAGCAACACCCUCCUGAUUGCAUCGUCAGCAUUUACCAAAAAACCAAAAACACUCGAGGUGACCGCAGGGAGCAGUGCCGAGUUCGUGGCUGAAACCGGCAAGGCAGAUGCCAAAGUGAAAUGGCAAAGGGAUGGCAAAGACAUUCAAGCAAGUGAUAAGUAUGUGAUUAAAUCGGAAGGUGUGCACCACACAUUUACAGUGAACAGUGCAACGAAGGAGGAUGAGGUGGUGUAUGCAGUCAUUAGUGGCACAUCCAAAGUGAAAUUUGAACUGAAAGUCAAGCAAGAAGAGGGAAAAGAGACGACAGGAGCUCGAACUGAGACACCAGCAGCACCGGCAGAACAAAAAGAGGAUGGCUCAGCAAAUGGUGCAGAACAUGGACUUGUUGCUGAGAAAGAUGAAGCUGAACCAACAAAAGCAACAUCAUCAAUGAUGGGAGAGAGAGAGACAGAGAACUCACCAAGUAUUCCCCAACCAGCAGAAGAAGUUCCUACUCUCCAACUGCCUACUGAUAUCCAGGAUGAAAAGCCUUCCGAUUCUGCAUUGGCCAGGAAAGACUCGGUAUGGUCCUGCGGAGAAGCAGCUACGGAGGAACUUGCUAAACUUGAUGAUUCGACACGGUCAACCCUGUUCGUCGAGAAACCUCAGAAUGGGACCGUCACUGUUGGUGAGGAUAUCACUUUCGUGGCAAAAAUUGAAGCCAAGGACCUUUUGCGGAAACCAAACUGCAAGUGGUUCAAGGGGAAAUGGCUGGAUCUUGCAAGCAAAGCCGGGAAACAUCUGCAGCUGAAGGAAUCCUUUGACAGAUACACCAGGGUAAGAAACACCUAUUCUUCUGAAGUGUUUUCUUGCCAAAACAAUUACUUGGGAUCCUACAGAUGUGAAGUAACAUCUUUGGAAGAAUUUAAGAGCUGUGCAUUUGACCUGAUUCCAGAAAAAGAAACCUUAAUCCAUUUUUCUUUCUCUGUUAAAAGCGGUGGCGAUGGUCAGGACGAUGCAGGAGAGCUUGAUUUCAGCGGGUUGCUAAAACACCGGGAGUUGAAGGAAGAGAGCACCGAGCCUGAAGUUGAUGUUUGGGAACUGCUGAAAAAUGCUCAGCCACACGAGUAUGAAAAGAUAGCCUUUGAAUAUGGCAUCACUGACCUCAGGGGUCUGCUAAGACGCUUGAAGAAGAUAAAGAGGGAAGAGAAAAAAAGUGCUGCUUUUGCAAAGAUUCUGGAGCCUGGCUACCAAGUUAAGAAAGGUGACAAGAUCAGGUUUGUUGUGGAUUUGGCAGAUCCAACCGUUGACCUGAAAUGGUAUCGCAACGGUCAAGAAAUCCGACCCGGUCCAAAAUAUAUCUUUGAACACAAAGGAACAUUGCGAAUGUUAACAAUCAAAAACUGCACCAUGGCAGAUGAUGCAGCGUACGAGGUAUCAGCUGGGAAUGAGAAAUGUGCAACGGAAUUGUUUGUCAAAGAGCCUCCUGUUUUAAUCACACGCGAGCUGGAGAAUCAGAAUGAGCUGGUUGGCGAGAGGGUGGAGUUGGAAUGUGAAGUGUCAGAAGAUGACGCACAAGUGAAAUGGUUUAAAAACGGGAUUGAACUUGGGGUUUCAUCUAAACAUCGCUUUCGGACUGAAGGAAAGAAACAUUGGCUCAUCAUCCCAGAAGCCUCCAAGGCUGAUUCCGGAACAUAUUUGGUGAAGACGACUGGGGGCCAGUCUUCAGCAGUGUUGAAAGUUGAGAUGAAACCUCUGAAGAUAUUGCAGGAUCUCACCGACCAAGUUGUUCAAGCUGGUCAACAGGCUGAACUUGAGUGUGAAUUGUCGGAAGCGAGUGUGGGUGGAAAAUGGUACAAGAAUGGUCAACUGAUCUAUCCGAGUGAACACAUAAAGAUAACUCACCGAAAAAAAGCACACAAGUUGGUGGUAGAAAAGAUGGCUUUGGACGACGAUGGUGACUACACUUUCAUCCCUGACGGUUACUCAAUGCAACUGGGAGCUAAGCUUCGAAUGAUUGACCCUCCCAAGCUUCAUCUUGACCAUCUUGCCAAGACGCCGGAAAUUGUGGUGGUGGCUGGAAAUAAAUUUCGGCUGGACAUUCCCGUCACGGGAGAACCAAUACCAAAGAUUGUGUGGAUGAAAGGUGAAAAAGCAAUUUUGGAGACAGGGAGCCGGGUCAGAGCUGAAUCAUUCAGUGAUCACACCUCGUUGGUCAUUGAUCUCGCUGAGAAAGAUGACUCAGGCCCAUACAAGAUUAUGGUACAGAAUGAAGCUGGGAAGGACAGUGCUCAGCUAAAAUUAAAGGUGGUCGAUGUUCCCGAUCGCCCUGCACCGCCGAUUGUAACUGAAGUUGGAGGUGACUGGUGUUCAAUGACGUGGAAUGUUCCUGACUACGAUGGAAGCUCCCCGAUUUUAGGGUACAUCAUUGAGAGGAAGAAGAAGCAAAGCUCUCGAUGGAUGAGACUUAACUUUGACCUCUGUAAAGAAAUGACCUUUGAACCCAAGAACAUGAUUGAAGGGGUUCCUUACGAAGUGCGAGUGUUUGCUGUCAAUGCCAUUGGAAUGUCCAGACCCAGUGAGCCGUCAAAAGCAUUUGUCCCCCUUGCCCCAACCAGUGAACCUACACUGCUCACUUGUGAUGGUGUGACAGACAACAGUAUAUCACUCAAAUGGAGGCCCCCUGAACGUAUUGGAGCAGCAGGACUGGAUGGCUAUCGUAUUGAGUACUGCCUGGAAGGAAGUUUGAUAUUAAAGCCUCCCAAGUACAAUGACUUUGACUUUGAGGAAGUGCCAAAGUUUACCCAUCCUCUGGUCAACACCAUAGCAGUGGCUGGAUACAAUGCAACCUUGAACUGUAGUGUCAGAGGCAACCCCAAGCCUAAAAUAUGUUGGAUGAAGAACAAGAUAAUAAUUGAGAAUGACCCUCGAUAUCGAAUGUUCUCCAACCAGGGAGUGUGUACUCUGGAGAUUCGCAAACCCAGUCCAUUUGAUGGUGGUGUGUAUAGUUGUAGAGCUGUUAAUGCCCUUGGUGAGGAUGAGGUGGAAUGUAAGAUGGAGGUCAAAGGUGGCUUUUCAUUUCAAGAGCUCUUGCUGCGGGGUGUGCCUCUGAAUAUCAUAGAUUCGUACAGGAACUCGAAGAAUAUUUUACCCCCAAAAUAA